AUCCAUUCUGACCAAUCAGAGUAUUCCAUCUGUCGUGUAGAUUGAGUUGUAACGACAUACCCAAUAGUUUUUCGAAUCAAUGUAACUUGUAUAAAAGAAAGACAGAGCUACAUUGAGUUUGUCUGUGAUAUUAGCGUAAAUCGGAAAGUAUACACACCUCGGGUUGUUUUUUGGCAUUUUCAGAAAUAAGUUGUCGAGCUUUUGACGUGUCGGAGAAGAUCGUCCUAACAAAUUUAAAAUAAUGAAGUCUUUUGCGUUUCUUGUGAUUUUUGCGUACUUUUACGCAGUUCAAGCUAGUGUAUAUUUAGAAGAAAAAUUCAGUGAUGAUUCAUGGGAGAAAAACUGGAUUUACAGCAAACACCCUGGAAAGGAAUUUGGAAAAUUUGUUAGGACUGCUGGUAAAUUCUUCAAUGAUGAAGCAGAAGACAAAGGUAUUCAAACGUCCGAAGAUGCUCGUUUCUACGCUUUGAGCAGAAAGUUCAAGCCUUUUGGUACUGAAGGUAAAGACCUAGUUAUUCAAUUCACAGUCAAACAUGAACAAAGCAUCGAUUGCGGUGGUGGUUACGUUAAAGUAUUCGAUUGUUCAUUGAAACCAGAAGAGAUGCAUGGAGAUUCUCCAUACAGGGUUAUGUUUGGUCCCGACAUUUGUGGACCCGGUACUAAGAAGGUUCAUGUUAUUCUUAACUACAAGGAUAAGAAUGUACUAAUCAACAAAGAUAUCAGAUGUAAGGAUGAUGUUUACACUCAUGCCUACACUCUCAUCAUUAAACCAGAUAACACUUAUGAAGUGCAAAUUGAUGGUGAAAAAGUAGAAAGUGGAGAAUUAGAAGCUGAUUGGGAUCUCCUUCCUCCUAAGAAAAUCAAGGACCCAGAAGCCUCUAAACCAGAAGACUGGGAUGACAGAGCCACCAUUCCAGACCCAGAUGACACUAAACCAGAAGACUGGGACAAGCCAGAACAUAUCCCUGACCCAGAUGCAAGCAAACCUGAGGACUGGGACGACGAAAUGGACGGCGAAUGGGAACCACCAAUGAUUGAUAACCCAGAAUACAAAGGAGAAUGGAAACCAAAACAAAUUGAUAACCCAGCUUACAAAGGUGCUUGGGUCCAUCCUGAAAUCGACAACCCAGAAUACACCUCAGACCCCAACCUCUACAAACAAAAAGAAAUCUGUGGACUUGGUUUCGAUUUGUGGCAAGUCAAAUCUGGCACAAUCUUUGAUAAUGUCCUCAUCACUGAUGAUGUAGAAUACGCUAAGAAAGCAUUGUCUGGUUUGAAAGACAAACAAGAAGGUGAAAAGAAAGCCAAAGAAGAAUUAGAUAAGGUUGAAAAAGAAGCAGCCACCAGUGAUGAUGACAAAAAAGAAGAUGAUGAUGAUGAAGAUGAUGAUGAGGAUUCAAAUAAUGUGCCAGCAGUAGAAGAAGAAACGGAUCACGAUGAAUUAUAAAAAAAGAAAAAGAAGUGAGCUAAAAGACUUUUUUUAUAUAUUAAAAGUGUGCAGUGUUUUGUUCGAUAGUGUGUACUGUUUCUUGACUGAUUUUUGUUAAUUUUUGAACGUAUUACUUCUAAUAAAACACAAAAUCCGAAGAGUUGUUUUCAUAUUUCACAAUUUUAUUUGUACAAAAUUUCAAUAAAUUAUUAUAUUUUGUAAAUAAUA